UCGGUGCGGUUCACUUCUGUGCUAAAUGAGUUAAUUGCGGCAGCUGAUAUAAAAUUUAUUUAAUAAUAUUUAGUUUAGUACAUAGUGCAGCCCUCCAAACCGUGGCUGUAAUUCCCAACUAGUUUGUAAGUUUAGCAUAGGCCAACACGCUCAAAUCUAAUUCGUUAAAAGAAGUAUCUGUUUGCAGUGCAUUAUGUCGUCGGGCAGGCCGAUCAAGUGCGUUGUCGUCGGCGAUGGCACUGUCGGCAAGACUUGCAUGCUCAUCUCCUACACAACAGACAGUUUUCCAGGGGAAUAUGUUCCUACAGUAUUUGAUAAUUACUCAGCACCAAUGGUAGUGGAUGGAAUCUCAGUAAGUCUAGGCCUGUGGGACACAGCAGGACAAGAAGACUACGACCGCCUGCGGCCGUUAUCAUACCCACAGACGGAUGUCUUCCUCAUUUGCUUCAGCGUCGCCUCGCCAUCGUCCUUUGAGAACGUCACCUCCAAGUGGUACCCGGAGAUCAAGCACCACUGUCCAGACGCUCCGAUGAUCCUCGUCGGCACGAAGAUCGAUCUGCGUGAUGAUCGAGAAACACUCGGCGCGCUCGCCGAUCAAGGCCUCAGUCCCAUCAAACGCGAGCAGGGCCAGAAGCUAGCGAAUAAAAUCCGCGCCGUCAAAUACAUGGAGUGCUCGGCGCUGACGCAACGAGGCCUCAAGCAGGUGUUCGACGAGGCGGUGCGCGCCGUCCUCAGGCCCGAGCCGCAAAAGCGCCGCCAACGAAAGUGUCUUCUCAUGUAGGAACAAGCGCCAAAAUGUUUUCUUAUUUGCGAUGGAAUGGUUUCAAUGAACGUGCAAGUCAAUAUUACUCUCAUCAUCGUUAUCACGCUUCACAAUUAUUCCGAACUUCGAAUUCUCUUCGAGCCUAUUUAAAUAUUUUUAAGAUAUUCGAUAUUUUUAUACGUCAAUUAACGAAUAACUAAAAUUCAAACCGCGAAGCGCGCGUGCCCCACACCGUUUUUCUAAUUUAUUUUGUGCCAUUGAUUGUUUCUUUUACUACUAAUACUAACAAUUUACUAAAAUUAAACAUAGGCUUAUAGAAAAGAACGACGACAUUGUACUAUUAUUAUAUAUUGCGUAGAUUUCUAGAGUAUUUAACGAAUUAAAAACAAACAAAAAAUAAUGAUCAAAAUGUUGAAUUGAAUCAAAUGAUGGCAACUGAUAUAUAGGAAGAAAGAAAACAAAAUGGUCGACCAAAGUUAAGCUUAAGUUCUAGUCACUUACUUAAAAUAAUGUAACUCAUGUGAAUCACUCAGCCAAUUGUAUUCGCACACACUCAUUUCACACCGGUCACGUACACUCACAUUGUUUUAAUUUAAUUUUCCUUGAGAAUUGUGUAAUUUUAAUAAAAAUUAUUUCGAAUUUUC